UAUCAGAAAAAAAACCCCAGAGCUGAAAAGAAGGAGCUGUAGACGUGCCCAACAGCCACAACAAUAAUUGCUGCGUUUGCUGCUGACCUGUCGGCCUGAAGGAACUAUGAAAGCUUAAUGAGCAAAACUGGCUAUGCGUUUAAUAAAGGGGCUGAAGGACCAAAGAAUGUCGUGUUUUGAAGACUUAACUACAGACAAUCCAGCUAUGGCAAAAUGGUCUGCCAGGAGCCAUCAUAGCCUGACCCACAACAGAAGAAAUACUACUGUGAUGGAUCUUGCAUUUGACAGGUCAGCAACAGAGGUCAGAAAACUUCGCAGGUGAGGAGAGAGGACACUGUUCAGCAGUGCCUCCCUCCCAGGCAUCAGCAGAGUGCCAGAGAGACAAACCAGCCACUAGUAGUACAUGGUGAUCAAAUGUGCCUGAGAUCUGCCAGCGGCAUCCAGCUUAAUUACACAAAUUAAAGGUGACCAAAGUAGGAUAUUCCACUGAGCGUGCUGAUGUUCUGUGACUGGUAACAGGCCUCGGCUGAAGCAAGGGAGUUGGAUAAUCCACGUUAUUUGCUCUGGAGCAGAGAACAGAAGUAUUAUAAAAACUGAUGUAUCUCUCUGGAGAGUGGCAAUGAACAUUCUUACUGCAAGAGUCCAAAAGAAAUGAGAACACAACUUGUUGUGUGGCAUGCAGGAGCACUGCAAGGAUGAGCUGGAUGAACUUCGGGCUGAAAUGGAAGAAAUGCGUGACAGUUAUCUAGAGGAAGAUGUUUACCAGCUGCAGGAGCUCCGUCGAGAGCUGGACCGAGCAAACAAGAACUGCCGCAUUCUGCAGUAUCGUCUCAGGAAAGCAGAGCAGAAAAGCUUGAAAGUUGCACAAACAGGCCAAGUGGAUGGAGAGCUUAUUAGGAGCUUGGAACAAGAUUUAAAGGUAGCCAAAGAUGUUUCUGUCAGACUGCACCACGAGCUGGAAAGCGUGGAGGAGAAACGUGUUAAAGCAGAAGAUGAAAAUGAAAUCCUUCGCCAGCAAAUCAUUGAGGUGGAAAUAUCCAAGCAGACACUACAGAAUGAGCUGGACAAGUUAAAAGAGGGGCGGGUCGUGAAGCUGUGCAACACCGAGGAGUAG